AGUCGUUUUAUGGCAUCUGAGUUGAACACUGCCGUUGCAAUUAACGUCAUUGAUAAUCUUUGUUGCUGAUUUAAAUCUACAAUACACAUCCGUGAAUAACUAUUUUUUCCAAUUUUUCUGAAAGUUAACCGGCAAAAAUGUACCCAAAACGUGAAGUGUUUAUCUUACUUUUCCUGAUAUGUGUAUUCCGCUAUGGAGAAUCAGGAAAGACAAAUGUUGUGAAGAUUACAGACAAGGACUGGUCGAGGACACUGGAAGGAGAAUGGCUUAUCAAAUUUUAUGCUCCAUGGUGUCCGGCAUGCAAGUCCAUCAUGCCAGUAUGGAAGGAGCUUUCUGAUUGGAGUCAAGAACUCAACACCAACAUUGCUGAGGUGGAUGUCACAGAGGAACCUGGGUUAAGUGGACGCUUUGCGGUUACGUCUUUGCCAUCAAUCUUCCAUGCGAAAGAUGGAAUUUUCAGAAGGUACCUUGGCCCGCGCACCAAAGAUGACCUGAUCAGUCUUGUAGAAGAGAGAAAAUAUGAGGAAAUUGAGCCUGUAGCUGGAUGGCAGUCUCCAAACUCUAUUGCAAUGACGAUUCUCUCAUGGGUGUUUAAGAUGUCCAUGCUUGUGAGGAUAACACAUACAAUACUGACAGAGGAGUAUGGGUUUCCUUCCUGGAGCUCUUAUGGGUUCUUUGCUGUAGUGACUGUCAUGAUUGGUCUAAUACUUGGAAUGAUCCUAGUGAUGGUAGCAGACUUCUUUUUCCCUGUGAAGCCUCCAACAAGACAAGAGAUCGCAUACUCCCAACUCCCUCAAGAUGGUGAAGGCACGGCAGAUGAAAGGAAAAAGGAAGAGGAAGAAGAGGACAAGGAAGGAGAAGGAGAAGGAGCAAUUGAUGAAGGGAACAGUGGUGAUCAGACAGUUCGGAAAAGGAAAUCAGAAAAGGAUAACACACAAUCGGAACAGACGUCAUAACUCUUUUUAUAAAUGAAUUUCUACCUUACCAAUUUUUUAUUUUUUAGAUCUGUGUCAUUGUAAGAAAAGGAGAAAUUGGACGCUUUUUUCUGAAUUAUUUCAUAUUAGUAAAGUGAAAUGGAAAGUGAAUACCUAUGUUGUUGUUAUUUUAACUCUUAUUCUGCCACAGGGCUAAUCCCCAUUGUGCCAAGCCCCAAAUCCCCCCGUGCCACAUUGUUUUGGAGAUAAUCUGAUUAACGCGAUGGUUCUAUGAAUAGCGCGUGCAAAACACUAGGCACAGUCCAAUGGGCAUGAACAAUAACUGCUAUUACAUUUGCGUGCCAUCAUGCAAGAAGCAGAGGAGCAAUAGCUUGCUAGCGUGUACAUGGCACCUUAACAAUAGUGUGCAUGCAGCCUUAUGACAGGCUAUGAGUUAAUUGCUGGUUUUUGGAUUGUAUUAAACAACUAUUUCAGCAAUGGACUAAUUUUGUCUAAAAUUUUAUUACAAAUUUGAGUUUAAAAAAAAAUAUAAACAAUAGUUCAUAUCCAAGAUUUCUCUCGCAUUUUAUUCUAAAAUUUCAUUUAUCAUUGUUAUAUAUUUUCUUUUUUCAACUUAUUAGAAAUACUUUCUUGGCUUCAUAGCCACUCUUCUUUUCUUUCAAAGCUUUAUAGCAACUCAAUACUCACUACUUUGUAUGCUAGAAAUGACUGUAGUGUCUUUGUCAUGAUUAACCUUAACAUUAUAAUGCAUUAGUAGAUUCUUUUCAAUUUAUUUUACCUUGAUUUAUAAUACACUUAGCAAUAGCUUCAUAUGAUGAAGCUAAAAACUCCAAAUGUUUUAUGAUGGUUUUUCAAUAUCAAUUGAUUGAUACAUUUUGAAUAACUUGAAUAUUCUACAAGAAAAUGCAGAGAAUUGUAAUAUUUUUUCAUUUCUUUAUGAUCACUUGGAUAGAAAGAUUAGUGAAGCGUUUUGUGUGUGUGUAUGUAAUUUUCAUAAAGCAAAAGUGAAAAGAGCAAGAACGUGAAUACGCAAUACAGCAUGUAGUCUAUUAUAUUUGCUUCUCAAGUAGUAUGGUAAUUCAUAUAUUAGAUCUUCCAUUUGCAAUCUUAAAAGACUUGCAUCAUAAGAUGGGCAGGAGGUACUCUUGAAAUUAUCACCUCCUUUUUCUGUUGCCCUCUUCCACAUCAGAUGUGCAAUUUGUUUUAUAUGAUUUUUUUUUACAGCUUUUUUGGUAUGUGUUAUAUGUUACCUAUUAUAGUUCCUUUUAAGGAUUUUUUUUUCCUUCAAUUUUCACAAAUAUUUUUAUUUAGUUUCAUUCUGUACCUAGAUUAUGGUUGAACAUUUGAGAUUACCCAUUAUGUAUAUAAAUGCACAAUUUUGUAUUGUGCUGUAAAGGAUUUUGAAGUAGUGUAUUCUUGACAAUUUUGCUCAGUCAUAUUUAUAUCUCUGAAGUGUAAUUCAGAUUUAUGAAUAAAUGAUCACAGUCUUCCCCUGUCCAUCAGGAAAUUUGACAGACGUAGUUUUAAAAAUAUCUGUCAUUAUUUUAGGAACAUAGACUGCAGUCUUAAAAAGAAUCAGUUAAAGUAGGACGAAAAUAACUUCCAAGAGAUGUUGUGCUCUUGUGGAUAAGUCUCUGGACUGUAAACCACAUGGUUAUGGGUUUUGAAUCCCUUGCAGUAGCACUAAUGUCCUUUGGCAAAACAUUAAUCUUCAUUUGCCACACUCAACUCAGGUGUAGUAAGUGGGUACCUAGUAGGGUUUAUUUCUUGAAUCUAUUGAGUGCUACGGUUGCCAGAGCUUAAGCCGGGGUACCAAUAUCCAAAGUUCUUUUGAAGCAAAGAAGGACGUUUAUAUCAUAAUAAGAUAUAUGCACUAUACAAGAACAGCAUAUGAUUAUAAUCAUAUAGAAUCUCUUUGCAUAUUGUGAGUAUCUAGAUACCCUGUUGAUGUAUAUUGAGAGGAAUGGAACAAGGAUACCUGUUCCUAAGAACAAAAUGCUUAAGGAUGAUUAAGUAGUGAUAUAAAUCAUCAUUUCUAUAUCACAUUUACAUGCUUCCACCAAAAAAUGGUGAUUACAGAGGCAUGAUGUUUUAGGGUUGUCUGUUUAUCCAUCGGCCUGCUUUGGAUGUUUCUACUUGUGCUCGAGAGACAUUUGCUUCAGGCAUUGAGCUGAACCCGAUUAGAGUUUAGCAUAAGUUUAGGAUUAAUUAUGGGGUUGAGGUAUAUAAUAGUCUUAGUUCUAGGGUUGAAGUUAGGACUUCAAUUAGUUUUAGAAAUUGACUGGGGAGCAAUGAUGUCGCCAGAGCAUGUGUCAUCGCUAUAUGUGGAGAACCCUGUGAGUCGUGAAUUUCAGCCUUUGUAUUACUAGUAUGUCACCAUUUACUGCAAAGGUCAAAGGUCAUAGAGGUCAAUGUAAAGAUUUAAGUUUCACUUUCAGUAUCACUUUAUUUUAUUUUCCGUCAAUAUGAAUAAAGUAACGAACAAAAGGAACAUGCAUGUAAAUACAAACUGUAGAUUUUAAGUCUUACAUUUAUAUCUCAUCUGAGGAACCAUUAGUGGUGUAUAGUUGUAACUUGUUCUGGCAUAGAUUGACAUAGCAAAAUUAGUUCAACAAGCAGUAGGUUCCAAGUUUCGUUUUUGUAUCCUGGACCCCUAUCUAAUAAACAUAUUUUAAUGAUCUUUAUGUUCACAACACACAUUCUUGCAUCUCUUAUGUAUUGAGGGUGGGGGGGGGGGGGGGGAUUGAAAUCAAUCUUAAGUUCAGUUGUAAUAAAUUCAAAUCAAUGGCAACUCUUCAUAGGAUGGGAGUGCGGGGUCUGUGUUCUCACAUUUUAUGCAAUUAUGAACCAUGUAUGUAAUUGUAGAAAAGAAUAGUGGAAAAAAUUGUGUAGUGGCAAACGUAUGACAAUUAACUUAAAAUCCGCAGGGACUUAUGUAAAACAGAUUUUUCUUCUAGUUUCUGUUGCUUAGCAUACCUUGUCAAGUAAAAUGUGUCUAUAUUUUCAAAGCAAAUUAAAUAGUUUUAUAGACAACUAUCUAAACUAUAUUGUAGAUUCCAACCAGAUCGAACAAAACAAAAACCUUUUUUCUAUUUUCUUUUUCUUUUGUUGCUUUAAAUUGAUGUAUAGAACAAGAAAAAUGAAUGUUUAAAACCAGUAUUUUUUAUUGAACAUUAUCUAUCAAGGUAAAGUCUUGCCAUUUCAGAAUAACACAUCUCUCGUUGUAGAAUAGAAUAUAGUGUUUAUUUUGUUAUGAUUAUCCUUUUUAGAAUGAUAAAUAGAUGAUAGUAUUCAUUUUGAUGUAAUUAUCUUUCUUAGUUGAAAUAUACUACUUUGUUUAUUUUGUUAUCAUUAAAGACCAUAUGACCUUUAGCAGGACAAUAUACGCAAACAAGUUGUGUACAACGUCUAUAUUUGAAGACUUUAAAAAAUAUUUAUGUUCACGUUUUAGUGUAAUUAUAAAUCAAAGGGGUCGAACAAAAUAGCUUUUCUGUAUUUUUUUAAAAUUUAUGUCUUUUUAAAACCCUUUUUUUUUCUUUAAUGGUUUGUCUACUAAUAGAUAACUUGAGUAAGAGCUUAUGCACUCAACUUUGAAUAUCUCAGUUGGAAAUGUUUCUGAAUUAAAAUUCACACAUGUCUAUUAUCAGUGCAACAGAAAAUUGCCUUUGUAUGAUAUUUUACCUAUUUAAACUUUAAUUGAUCAGUAGUUUUACUAGAUAUUAGAAGAAAACCAGGUGUUUAUAUCAUAAACAUGUACAUGUAGAUGCCUCAAGAACACUUCUUGACCUGUGUAAGCACUGUUUAUUACUUUACUACUUUGUCCAUUUCUUCCCUUAUCAGCAGCAUUACGCAUGCACGAACGUUUCAAUUAAAUACAUAACAGUAUAUGUCAAUAAUUAUUGACAUUCGAAGACCAUGCCUUUCAGAUAUUUCAAAGAAUUUUUUGUUGUUGCACGCUUUAUUAAGUAUUUUUUUUUUUUAAAGUCUUUACAUUAUAUAUUAUAUAAGGGAUCAGAAGAAAACAAAUAUAUAAGCAAGGAUCUCUAUCUAAAACUACAAGACCUCUUUUGAAGAAAAAAAAGAUCGUGAUGGACAGAAGGGGGGGGGGUAUUAUGCCUCAAAUCAUUUCUAGGUCAUUUGAAAAAUUGUUUAAUGUACUUUUGAAAUUUGUCAUUUACAUAAUGAAACUAAGACAUAGAUUACAUCACUCGAUAUAUACAAAAGGUACGAUCUUUUGGUUCAUGUCACAGUAAAAAGGGCUAUUUUACACUUAUUUGUUGCACAUGCAUUCCAUAAUUGAUAUUGACAACAUUUUUGAAAUUGUUAAUAAAACAAUAUUGUAGUAGA